AUGAAAAGAUUUUUCGAAAGCGGAAGCUCAAAUACUAAAAAACAGAAAACACAGGCGAAUCGUAAAUAUGACGAUAGUUACUUACAAUUUGGAUUCGUUGUAAAAUUUGGUUCUGAGAAUUCUACUCCGUUACCUCAAUGUGUAAUUUGUCAAGAAACACUUUCGAAUCAAAGCAUGAAGCCAUCGCUACUUAAGCGCCACCAAUUAUCGAAGCAUCCAGAAACAGAAAAUAAACCUAUUGAAUUUUUUCAGAGAAAAGUUACUAUUUUCCGAAAGGAAUCGAAAUGCAUGUCUAGUUUUACGAACUUUAAUGAAAAUAUCGUUAAAGCAUCUUAUUUAGCAAGUUUAAUUAUUGCUAAAGAUGGAAAACCACACGCAAUUGGGGAAACAUUAGUGUUGCCAGCAGCAAAAGAAAUCGUGCGAUGUGUUCUUGGAGACAAGGCUGCAAAAGAGAUAGAAAAAGUGUCACUUUCAAACGAUACAGUCAAAAGAAGAAUUGAUGACAUGUCGUCGAAUAUAAAAGAAAAAAUAUUGCUUUAUGUGAAAGAUUGUAAUUUCUUUGCUCUACAAAUUGAUGAGAGUACUGAUAUUGCUAACAUGGCUCAAUUAAUUGUAUUCAUACGUUUCGAUCGCAAUGAUGAAAUUAUUGAAGAGUUUUUGUUUUGUAAGCCUUUACAAACCCACACAACAUCAGAAAUUAUUUUUACAACCAUUAAUGAAUAUUUGAUUGAAAUAGAUCUGCCGUGGAGUAAAUGUGUGGGUUUUUGUUCUGAUGGAGCAAGGGCAAUGACUGGAAGGCUGACCGGAGUUGCAACAAGAAUAAAAAAAGUUGCCCCAUUAUGUAAAACUAUGCAUUGCAUGAUUCACCGGCAAGCAUUAGCAUCCAAAAACAUGCCUAGAAGUUUAAAAUUAGUUCUUGAUAGUGCUGUCAAAAUCGUAAAUCUANAGACUAUUCGAGCUAAGGUCAGAAGUUUUAUUAAUUCUGACUGAUAUUGAUGAAGAAAAGUCCAAAUUGUUUUGUGAUGUCGAAUGGCUGUCAAGACUAGCUUACAUGGCUGACAUAUUUGACCGUUUAAAUAUUUUAAAUUUAAGUCUGCAAGGAUCAAACACAAACAUGUUUUAUACUAGUGAUAAAGUUAAUGCAUUUGUGAGAAAGUUGGAUUUAUUUAUUUCGCAAGUAUCUAAGAAUGAUCUUUCAGCAUUCGAGACACUUAACACAUUUUGGAACGAUAACGAAGUUCAGCCAAAUUCAAAUAUAAUUACAGACAUUUCGGAACACCUACAAUCACUAAAAUCCAAUGUUUUACAAUAUUUCCCUGAGGAUAACUCAGAAAUGAAAUGGAUCAUAAACCCUUUCGUAGAUGAUUAUAUUAAGAAUAUUCCAGAUGGCAUUUUGGCAAAAGAAUUAUUUAUUGACUUAACCAGUGACUCUACCCUAAAAACCGCUUUCAAUAACAAAAAUAUCACUAAUUUUUGGCUGGACGUGAAAAAAGAAUACUCGGCAUUGUCCACACAAGCUUUACAGUUUUUAAUCCCUUUUGUAUCAACAUAUCUGUGCGAAAAAACAUUUUCUGACUUAUUGUACAUAAAAAAUAAAUAUAGAAGUAGAUUAAACGUAGAAAGUGAUUUAAGACUUAAAGUUACCAAUUUGGAGCCCGAUAUUGAUGUCAUCGUUCGUUCAAAACAACACCAAUCGUCUCAUUGA